GGCUGGGCUCCUCCUCUGACCCCUGCCUGGUGCCCUGUUUCUGCAGUUUCGGGUUCCUGAGAAGCCUCAUGCCAGGGGGCGAGGAAGCUGCGUCUUGGAUGCUGUACCCCCAGCCGGAGGCGCUGAGUGCAGCGAGGAGUGAUGUCCUUGUCCUCACCCCCUGGCUGGCGCCCGUCAUCUGGGAAGGGACCUUCAACAUCAAGCUCCUCAAUGCACAGUUCCAGCAGCAGAACCUGACUGUGGGGCUGACCGUGUUUGCUGUCAAGAAAUACGUGGUCUUCCUGAAGCUGUUCCUGGAGACGGCAGAGCAGCACUUCAUGGCGGGCCACCGUGUCAUCUACUACGUCCUCACCGAUCGGCCGGCCGACGUGCCCGAUGUGCCGCUCGGGGAGGGCCGGCGCCUGGUGGUGCUGGAGGUGCCGAGCCACGCACGCUGGCAGGACGUGUCCAUGCACCGCAUGGAGGCCAUCGCCCGCUUCUCGGAGCAGCGCUUCCGCCACGAGGUGGACUACCUGGUGUGUGCCGACGUGGACAUGAAGUUCCGGGACCACGUGGGCGUGGAGAUCCUGACCCCGCUCUUCGGCACCCUGCACCCCGGCUUCUACAAUACAAACCGCGAGGCCUUCAGCUACGAGCGGCGGCCGCAGUCCCAGGCCUACAUCCCUCACGGCCAGGGUGACUUCUACUACAUGGGAGCCUUGUUUGGGGGCUCGGUGGCCGAGGUGCAGCGGCUGGCCAGCGCCUGCCACCAGGCCAUGCUGCUGGACAAGGCCAACGGCAUCGAGGCCGUGUGGCAUGACGAGAGCCACCUGAACAAGUACCUGCUCUACCACAAGCCCACCAAGGUGCUGUCGCCCGAGUACCUGUGGGACGAAUGGCUGCUGGGCUGGCCGCCGGUCAUGAAGAAGCUGAGGUUUGUGGCUGUGCCCAAGAAUCACCAGGCCAUCCGGAACCCGUGAGGGGCGGCGAGGGGCCAGGAGGCCAGGGCCAGCGCGUCCUGUCCCCGCU